UCAUCUCGGUUAAGAAGUAGUUCAUGUUUUGAUAAGACUAUUUGUGUGGGUCCUAUGGUUUCCAUGUCAUUAUAGACAGUCCUCCUUUCAUGUCAUCCUAUACAGUGUUUGUUAAUAGUACAUGAAAACCACCACAGUGAUUACAUUUUAAAAACAGUGAUAUAAACCAUGUGACACAAAUAUCACAAGUAGAAAGCCUGUCACCCCACAGAAAAUCAUUGAAAUAACUUUAAAUUAAGGAUAAUCUAUUGUGAGGGAUCACCUCCCUCCCCCUUGUGUACCUGGUUUCCACUUAGACAAAAAAGCCAAAACCUUCAGAGAUAAAGACAUUAGCUGAAAUGUUUGUGCUUUAUAAUCUUUUGCAUUAAAAAGGAAUGAAGAUACAGCACAUGUGAAUUGAAAAGACUAUUUUUGUGAGUGUGAACAUCGAGGAUGACUUAAACAGAUCCAUGGGAUCAGGCUUAGGGCAUGUUUAAUUCCUGUUUAUUCUAACUUGGAUGUUAUAUCCAUUGUUUUGGCCAUUUUUUCUGUGUGUUAGAAAAGUAUUGUACUCACCAAAUCAUUUGCAAACAUAAUAUGGGAGAUCUGCGGAUGUUUCCAGGCCAGCUGGAAGAUGUGAUUUCUCAGAAUGUCCUAGGUUAUAUACGUUUCUUUUUGGUGUAUUAUGCCUCAGCAGGAGGUAAUCCUCAGAGGAUGCUUGAACUACAUUAACUGGCCUCUUAAAUUGUGAAGGAGAAGCUGCUAUUGAGCAUCAAGCAGGAACUGAAGCUGUCUGAGACACCGGACCAGAUAAAGAAGGACAAAAAAGGAGUUAAGGACCUGAUGGUAUGCCCCAAGAAGAAAAAAAGGAAGCAGCGUUCACCAGCAAAGAUUCUCAACAUCAAUGAUGACGAAUCAUUGGGCGUACAAAACCCCAAGUGUCAUGUCUGUGUUCACUGUAAUGCUGCAUUCAGAACCAACUACCAUCUGCAGAGACAUGUCUUCAUUCACACUGGUGAGAAGCCAUUUCAGUGCAGCCAGUGUGAUAUGCGCUUCAUUCAAAAAUAUCUUCUCCAGAGACAUGAAAAGAUCCACACUGGUGAAAAGCCUUUUCGCUGUGAUGAGUGUGGGAUGAGGUUUAUCCAGAAAUACCACAUGGAGAGACACAAGAGGACGCACAGUGGAGAGAAGCCUUACCAAUGUGACUACUGUCACCAGUACUUCUCCAGAACAGACCGGGUUUUAAAGCACAGACGAAUGUGUCACGAGAACAGAGAGAGAAAGGCCAACAAGGCAGCUGGUAGAGUUGGGCCUUUGCAUGAAGCAGAUUCUCUGGGCCUCCCCUUUCUUGCCAAAGAGUGUUCACUGCCUAAGAAAAAGCGGCAAAAGUGUACAGACAAGCGUUCAGGUGCUUCCACUGCUGCCCAGACAGAUGGGUACACUGUCGCUGUUGUCGAAACGGAAGAGAAGGAGGAGCAGAGACAGAAUAAAAUUGAAGGUCUACCUCUCUUUGCUGUGUCCUCCAAAGUCAAACAUGAGUAUGUUAUUGCAGACUACUCUGUGGAACUUCCUGAAGAAACGGCUAGCCAACACCAAGAAGGAGAAGUGUCAACAGAAGACACAACUCCUCCCAAACUUGUCUUAAAGAAAGUCCCCAAGAGGAGUCUUAAACAGUCCAGUGAACAAACUCCUCCCUGCCUGUCCACUUUGUCUUCCUUUGAAGAAAAUACCAAGGUCACACAGUACACCUUUGAAAUUGUAGACAAGCAAGGCCUUUUAGAAGUGGAAAGCAACACUGAUCUUGAGUCCGUUGAAACUCUUCAAGGAGGACCAGCAAAGCCAGCAGCCGGCAGCACAAACUAUGACGAUGCCAUGCAGUUUCUCAAAAAGAAACGUUAUCUUCAGGCUGCAAUUGCCAACAACAGUCGGGAUUACGGUCUGAACUCAAGCAGCAUUUCUUCUCAGCCGCCUGUUACGCAAACUGUAGUGUCAGCCGUGAUUGAGGAGACUGUCCCUGCCACCAUUCUGGAGCCCCAGCCCAUCAACACAGAUAUUAAAGCCGCACAUGACAAGAGUGUGUUGCCAGAUGAGGUUCUUCAGACGCUGUUGGACCAUUACUCCAACAAAGCCAAUGGGCAAUCAGACAUUUCCUUCAGCGUGGCUGACACAGAGGUGACAUCAAGCAUAUCCAUUAAUUCCUCUGAUGUUUCAGACAGCAGCCCUGUGGAGAGCCUCGGAGCCUCUACCGCCCAGGCUCAGCCAGCCACUGAGAAGGUCAGUCUCUUACAGGAAUACUCCAAGUUUCUCCAGCAAGCACUGGAGAGGACCAGCCAGAACGACAGCUACCUGACCAGCCAGAGCCUCAGCUUGGUCUCCGAAAACCCAACCUUAGCUGGACAACCUCUGUUCUCCACCGAGAAACCGUUCCCUUCCCCCAGCAGGUUCAAAUCAGGGAUGAGCUCUCCGCUAAGGUCCACUUUAGAGAAACCUCACUUUGGAUUACUGGUCGGGGACUCCCAGCACUCAUUUUCAUUUUCAGGUGAUGAGACCACCCCUCCCUCCGCCGUGUCCCCAGCUGAGGAGGACUUUCUGGAGCAGGUCUCACCCUCCAAAAAGACAGACACUUCACAAGGCAUACUGCAGACAUUUCAAAUUAGCUCCUUUGAUCAGAACUUCAAAACUCAUUUCCAGACUUCAAGAUCUGGAUCCUCCUCACAGUUUACUGUUGCCAAUGGACAAUUAAGUCUUCGAGGACACAGCACAGACUUCUCAGAGUUCCCCCUAGUCAGAGUUACUGAGACCAGGUCUCAACUGAACUCCUCCCCUGAUGUUACAUCCAGUGAAACUUUUGGCUGAACGGAUGGGUAGAGAAUUAAUUUUCUGUUCAUAAUUUCAGCGGCACUUUAUCUCAUGUCACUUGUUUUGCCAGAACAAGUCCCACUGCAGCCAUGUGCUCUUUCUCUAAGCAUUUUGUUAUAAAACAUAUUAUUGUUUUGUUUUUGUUAGGUGCAACCUCCUAAAAUGGAAAGAAUGGAAAUUGAUAAAUCAUAAUUAGCAUUUCCCCUUUUAAAAGAAAAAAAUUAAUUGUAAUUGCGCAUGGGUAUAUUUCCUGCUCGAGAAUGUACAUUGAGAGAUUAGGCGACCAAAGUGUAAUGCUAGAGAUAUGGGGAAAUAUUUCCUCAUGCCAUUGCCACCAAAUUUUAAUGUUUUGUCAAUCAGUUUGCCUUGCACAAAAAAUGAUCAAGUCACUAUUGCUGCUUAAUGCAAUAUUUCCACUUACUAAAACGUAGGCCCUAUUUAUAACCACCUUGCUCUUACUGUAGAUACAUCCCCUUGCUGUUUAUCUGGUUAUAUUUAAGUCCACUCCUAGAACCUAGUUAUUCCAGCUGUGUAACUCCUGGUAAAUUGUCUACUGACACUGACACCAUGAUUACAACUGAUUCUUCACUUUAUAAUGAAGUCACUUUACUGUCACCUGAGACGGGUGUGUCCACAUGAUGUGUGAUGAAUGCUUUACAGGAAAGAUGCAACCGAUUGUAUUCAUCUCAAAUGGAAUCUAGUGUAUUUUCCAUUUACAGCUUGGGCCUAGUUUGGUUGGUGUGAUGGCCAAAAACAAGGAAUUAUAGUUCUCAUUCAAAGUAAAUGAAUUCAUUCAUCAUUUUAUUCCCUUUGUGCCUAAAUUUCUCGGCACAGCUGUUUGUGAUUAGUGCAGAUUAGGCAGUGUAAUAACCCCACCCGCUCGCCCCGUACCCCUGCU